AUGGCACAGUUUGAAACCAAAGAAAACCCUGGCGAUCUCGAGUCUUCCCUCCAAGGAUCGACAAAAGAGGUUACUGAGACUCAGGUCACGCCUGUACUUGCGAAGAGCUUUAAUCUCCUGAGUGCUUGCGCAACUGGAAUCACUACCGGGAAUGCUUGGGCGGUCCUGGGAGGCGGAAUUAUUGCCUCACUCUACAAUGGUGGACCACCUGGAGUAAUAUACGAGUUCGCCACUGCCUCCUUUUUCUAUUGCUUCAUUGCCGCAUCAAUUGCCGAGCUCGCUUCUGCUAUUCCGGCAUCUGGGGGCGUUUAUCACUGGGCUACAAUAACCGCUGGUCCUCGUUAUGGCAGGUUGUGCGGCUGGUUUGCAGGGUGGUUGAAUGGCCUCGCAUGGACAUUCGCCGUAGCAGGGAACUGUUCCAUGACAGGAAGCAUGAUUGUCUAUUCAUACACGCUCUACCAUCCAGAGGUAAAACCGCAGCGCUGGCAUGUUUUUGUUUGCUAUUUGAUCAUCACCUGGCUAUGUUGUCUUACUGUGAUGUUCUGCCAACGGGCUCUCGCGGUCAUCAGCAGGAUCGGAUCGUUCUUCAUUAUUGUCGGUUUUGUCAUCUCAGUCUUAGUUUGUGCUAUUAUGCCAAGCAGGGAUGGAGCAGGAUAUGCAUCGAAUGAAUUCGUCUGGACAGACUGGAACAACAUUACUGGUUACUCUGACGGAUUCACAUUCCUUGCAGGCAUGUUGAACGGGGCAUUUGCAAUCGGCGCCAUUGACUGCGUCACUCACAUUGCAGAAGAGAUUCCUGAUGCGAGACGGAAUAUCCCCAAAGCACUUGCUUGCCAAGUGACCAUCGGCUUCGCAACUGGUCUUUGCUAUCUGAUUUCCAUAUUCUAUGCUGUCACCGACCUAUCCCUCAUUGUGAACGCCGAUUCUAUCUCUCCUCUCGGUGAUAUCUAUUUGCAAGCAACCGGUUCCCGAGCAGGUGCAGUGGGGCUUCUUACACUCACGAUCGUACCCAUCUUCAUUGCAACGAUUGGAUGCUAUAUUACCGCAGGAAGGACAUUCUAUGUCCUGGGUCGCGAUAACGCGACGCCAUUUUCCAAACAUAUCGGGGCUAUAAGCCCGAAAUGGCAUAGCCCACUUCAGACCGAUACAAUGGGUGGCCCCGUGACAGCUCCUAGAAAACAAACCAAACGUAUUCGCCAAGCAAAGCAGAAAUCGGUGACAUUCACAGGAUGCUGGACCUGCAGGUCUCGGAAGGUCAAAUGUGAUGAGCGUCAAGAAAAUGGGUGUCGAGUUUGCCAGAAAUCCCGCCUGGAAUGCGCCGGCUACGGUGUGAAUCUGUGCUGGAUUACAGAUAAGAAGCGAGAUAUUCAAGGCCUACGACGCAGGCAGGUCAGACUAGAACAAUCCACUUCCCCUAGCAUUUCGGAUGCCGAGAUCAACCGAAUGAUAUCCUCUCUUGACACAAUCUCAACACCAUCGCGCACAGUCAGUAUAGGGCCCUUUUCAAUAUUCUCCAGCCGGGAACCCGGCAUUGAAUAUCUCGAACCUCACGCUUCUUUGGAGAACAGUCAUCAGACUCAGGACUGUACUUCUGAGAUCGCUCCUAGUCCAGUGGACACAGUUGACUUGUCCAGCGGAGAUUUUGAAAUAAUUACGAAUGACACUGUCAUUCCUAAUUCAGAAAUCCAUUUCAUAGAUUUCCCCUCAGACUGGGAGUCAGUGAUAGCCAUGAUGGAUACAUCGAAUUCUCCAACAUUACCAUACUCGAGAAAAAUGUCACUCACAAUAUAUCCAUCACCAGACAUGGAGCUUUCAAUACCUCUGUUCAAAGAUCACAAUACGUCAAUGCUUAUGUAUCACUACAAAAAUCAUGUCGCGGAGCUCCUACAACCAGUUUUCCAUCCGAGGAACCCUUGGCGCACAACAUAUCUCCCAUUCGCCCUCGAGGGCUGCCCUGAGUUCUGUCUCGUCCAAAAUCCGGUGCCUUCCUCGGAAGUCUCGAUUUCACUAUUCCACAGUAUAUUAUCAUCGGCUGCAUUCCACCUCCGGAACAUCAUGGGUGGUUCACGAGAAUACCACAAACUUGGUCUCCAGCAUCGGGCCAAAGCUUUACAAGCACUCAAGACUGCCCUCAUAACGCCCAAUGACUCUGAGAAAUAUACAGUCUAUCUCACGGCAAUGCUGGCCUUGGUCACAAUCGAUACAAUGACGGGAGAAGAUUCAGAUUUUCCAAUUCAUCUCAAGGGUUGUCGUCAGCUGGAAAGACCAGGCCGUGCGUCCGAUUCACCCAAUGACUCCAGUCGGCAGGUUAGCAGUAUUUGCCAUUUCCUAAGCCUCCUGGCUCGAACGACAGCACACGAGCUAGAGCAUAGACAAUGGACAACAGAAGGUCCAUUAUUUGAGCAGCCUUACUUCCACGACGACGACACCAACAUCCAAUACAUGUAUGGGAUUACCCCAUAUCUGGGGAAUCUUCUACAAAGGACCUGUCAGGUGGCCGAGUAUUUAGCCUUCUACCAGGGUGCUGAAGUGCCAACAAUCUUGCUGGAGGCAUGCUCGGCAUUAAAAGAUGAAAUCUUUUCGUGGGAUAUAGACUCCGAGUCUUUCCAUCACGUCAUGCUAGAGCAGCCGACGAUGCUUGAGAUAAUACGUUGCCAGGCUCUAUCAUUUCACAGCGCGAUCGCAAUUUUUUAUUAUCGAGCAAUUGAAGACUCCAGCCCGGUGGAUCUUCAGCAGCAAGUAGGGGCAAUUUGGAAGAACCUUUCGCUGGCAGAAGACCUUAAAGAUGUAUACUCAAGUGACGGAAAACGCGCAGCUCCUAUGUCUUGGCCAGCAUUUAUCGCUGCAUGCGAGGCGAUCGAUCGACAACCUUGGGUUGAAUGGUGGGAGCGAGUUCAGAGGUACUCAAUGGGCAAUUUCAAAAGGCAAUGGAAAGUCAUACAGGAAAUCUGGAACAUCAUGGAUUUAGAUGAGAAUGUGCUUAACUGGAGAGAUGCGCUCAAACAAUCGGGCAAGUUGGUCUUGCCUAUCUGA